AGAUGCCAGUCGGACAUUUCCUUGCAGUGGACCAUACAUUUUUCGCUCCAAAGCGCGGACAGUGUUAAACUUUGUCCAAGAGACGCUGUUUAGUGAGACUAGUGUCUGUGUUUGUGUUUAUAUUAAAUCCAUCUCGUCAUGUCGGAUACAUGGAGCAACAUCCAGGCGCACAAAAAGCAGCUAGAUUCCCUGCGGGAGAGGCUGCAGCGGCGGCGGAAAGACCCUGCGCAGCUCACCGCGGCGGAUGGAGGAGGCAGCACGGAUGGUUCCACGGCCAGGAGUGACAGCCCAGCUCCAUCAGCUUCAUCCAGCUCUCAGGAAGAGACAGAAAAGCCACCUGAUCCUGAACUAGAGAAGAGGCUGCUGGGGUAUCUGUCUGAGCUGAGCCUUUCACUCCCAACAGACUCCCUUGCUAUCACAAAUGAACUAAACAGUUCAGAGACAGCUGUUAGCCAUGGAUGCAUCCAGAGCCUACUGCUCAAAUUUUCUGCUCAGGAGCUCAUCGAGGUCCGACAGCCGACCUCAGUUUCUUCAGCUUCUACAGCUUUGUCUUCUUCCAAUACAAUCGUCGUAGCUGUGGACCACACAAAACUGUGGGCUAUGAUUGGAUCUGUAGCAGGUGCCCAAAGGACUGGAGUCAAGAGAAAAGCAGAAGACCAGACCCUCAGCAAAAGGCCUGGCGGGUUCACACCCUCACUUCAGAGCUCUGCUUCUCCUCCACACUCAUCCUCCUCAUCUCUGACACUGGCCUCCUCUUCACAGCUGGCUGGGCCUUCUGCAUCAGGGAGUGGGGCAGAGAAGAAGGGCAGGAGCAGUAAAAGUCAGUCAUCUCAUGUGGACAUGGAGAUUGAAAGCCUCCUCAACCAACAGUCCACCAAGGAGCAGCAGAGCAAGAAGGUGAGCCGAGAAAUUCUGGAGCUCCUUAAUGCUAGCACAGCUAAGGAGCAGUCCAUCGUGGAAAAGUUUCGCUCUCGUGGUCGAGCACAGGUCCAAGAGUUCUGUGAUCACGGGACCAAAGAGGAGUGUGUCCGCUCUGGAGACACACCUCAGCCAUGCACUAAAUUACACUUUCGCCGAAUCAUCAACAAGCACACAGAUGAGAGUCUUGGCGACUGCUCCUUUCUCAACACGUGUUUCCACAUGGACACCUGUAAAUAUGUCCACUACGAAAUCGACAGCCCUCCGGAGACUGAGAGCAGCCUGUUAGGGCCCCAGGCAGGGACCACAGAGCUUGGCCUGCACGGAGGAGACACAGACAGCAACGUGGGCAAACUCUUCCCUUCACAGUGGAUCUGCUGUGAUAUCCGCUACCUAGACAUGGCCAUACUGGGUAAGUUUGCCGUAGUGAUGGCCGACCCUCCCUGGGACAUCCACAUGGAGCUGCCGUAUGGUACUCUGACCGAUGACGAGAUGAGAAAACUUAGCAUCCCCGCCCUGCAGGAUGAUGGUUUUCUCUUCCUUUGGGUCACCGGCAGGGCUAUGGAGCUGGGCAGAGAGUGUCUUAGCCUCUGGGGCUAUGAGCGUGUUGAUGAAAUCAUUUGGGUGAAAACCAACCAGCUUCAGAGAAUCAUCCGCACGGGCAGAACGGGUCAUUGGCUGAACCACGGGAAGGAGCACUGUCUGGUGGGCGUAAAGGGAAACACACAGGGAUUCAACAGAGGUUUGGACUGUGACGUCAUUGUAGCCGAGGUUCGCUCUACUAGUCAUAAACCAGACGAGAUUUACGGGAUGAUAGAGAGGCUCUCACCCGGCACCAGGAAGAUCGAGCUCUUCGGUCGGCCCCACAACGUCCAGCCCAACUGGAUAACUCUUGGCAACCAGCUGGAUGGCAUUCAUCUGUUGGAUCCUGAGGUUGUGGCAAGGUUUAAGAAGCGGUAUCCAGACGGCGUCAUCUCCAAACCAUGAAACAUGCAGUGAUGGCAUCACUGUGUUUUGUGUUGGGACUGCUUUUAUACUUGCGAUUAUUUUUUUUUAAUAAAUAUUGUCAACAAGAUGCCUACUUUGUUUUUAAGUGUGAUUAAAACAUACUAUUACUUAAAAAGCCUUCCAUCUAUGUUCUCCCACCUCUGGGGUCAGGUCACGGUGGCAGCAUGCCGAGGCAUUUCCAGGCCAAACGAGAAAUGCAGUCCUUCCAGUGUGUCCUAGGUCCAAGAUUUUAUCUUUUUUUUUUGUCAUUCUCACAUAUUAAAUACUACCAAGAGUCAUAUUUGCUGUUAAUAAAAACACAGGAGAGAUUUGAUGAUAGAAAUGUUUUAAUGAUGUAGUGUAGAUCUGAGUGGAAUGUCACCACAAACAUUUAAAUGUGGUCAUCCCAAGCAAACAUCCAUCAUCAAGUCCAGCACCAGGACUGUAUUGUAAAAAAAGCUGAAAUGAGUCAAGCAUGAAAAAUAUAACUAAAGUUCCUGUGCAGCUCAGAUUACUUGAUUCUUGUACAGACUAACCAGACUAAAACGGCUGCAAAA